CCAUUGGCACGCCCCGCCGAUACGGCUCGUUGACCAGCGACAACCACAGCUUGCUUCGUGAUACUUCAAAUGGCUGGAAUUCGCUUACGGGAACUCGUAACUCCAGCGCCGCGGCCACGCCCGUGAGAACGCCUGUCAGAGAAGUUGCAAGUAUCGCAUCGGCAGGAAAUGCGCACUUGAGCGAGCUCUGGGCUAGAUAUGAAUUUUCGAGGUCCCAGUACACGGUGCAGAAUAAGCUUCUUGAGGAGGUUCUACACCGCUAUUCGAAUCUUGUCCUUGAACAUGAAGAACUUCAACGGACCACGAUUGCAGGCUCGACAGAUGGACAGGCACAGCAGUCGUUGCAGGGUAGCCUGCAAGUCAUGACCACAGAGCGUAACGUGCUCAAGGACCUACUGCUCGCCAAUCCUUUUAUCAUGGUCCUCAUUGAUGGCAACGGCAUGAUAUUCAACAACGAGUUGCUCCAGCUUGGCGAGAAUGGUGGGCGCAAGGCCGCACGCCAGCUCAAAGAAUCCGUGACUCGAAUGCUGGCCAGUCACCCCUACUGUCCGCCGGAGUCACGCAUCGAUGUCAAGGUCUACGCCAACGUGAAGAGUCUGGGCCGUACCCUCGUCUCUGCCGGCAUUUUGAGCUCUCAGUCUGUGUUCGAGGACUUCGUCACUGGAUUCAACCGCGGAGACGAGACCUGCGACUUCAUUGACAUUGGAUCUGGCAAGGAUGUGACUGAUAUGAAACUCAACGCCAACUUUCGACAGUUCUUCCACGACUAUCAGUGCCGGCAGGUAGUCUUCGGCUGUAGCCACGACAACCGAUAUGCCCGUUUCUUAGAGAACUUCAUGAACAACAACGAUGAAACUGGCCGGGUCACUCUGCUUGGCGGUGUACCAUUUGAGAAAGAACUCGAUGAUCUUCCUUUCAACAAGCAGACAAUACCUGGCCUGUUCCGUGACACUAAGCUCAGCCUUGCUCCACUGGACCUACUGGGUGACAUAUCUCGCGGCCGUCACGAUUCAAAGAAUGUCUUCAAUCCAGCCAGUGCUAUGUUCACACCUCCACCAUCAACACGUACGCCGGCACCGAGCACACCGAUGUACAGUCCUACGACGCUGUCGUUCAGAGAGCCUUCGACACGAGCCAAUAGCAUCACGUCCUCGGUUGCUGUGAGCGAACCUGCUGUCGUGGCUGGCGCUCCCACGCCUGUCGUGGCUCCCGUGGCGCCGGUGACCCCUGGUGGAGGAUGGGCAAACAUGGCACGCAAGAAUGCACAUCUGCCCUUCAAGGAUAUCCGAAAGCCAACACCGGAAGUGCCUCAGAAUGGACCCGUUGUUCUGGUAAACAAGGAUGGUUACCGUAUCGACAAGGACAUGGACUAUGAUCACGACAAAGUAUACAAGCUGAAGCAAGCGAAAUAUUGCAAUCAGCAUUAUAUUGGGCGUGGCUGCUGCCACCACAGAGCAGCUAAUGGCGCUUGCCCGCACGAGCACAGCGUAAAGCUCUCUGAAGACGACAAGAAAUGGUUACGAGUUGUUGCUCGGGAGACCGUUUGCAAGAAAGGCACAUCUUGCCGCGAAAUCGAUUGCAUUUACGGCCAUCAUUGUCCUUAUCCCAAGCUGCAAGAAGGUUCAUUAAAGGGAAUUGGAUGUAUCAAUGGCGACAAGUGCCGCUUUGCUCCUGAGAUGCACGGCAUGGACAAGAAGGUUCACAAGGUGUUGACGCCGAAGGAUCUUGAGCUUUCUGGGGAGAUAUAGUCGCAGCCCAGAUCGACCCUAGAUUUGAGGAUUCAGGACUAAAUCGGGGUCGUUGCUGGUUGACACUAGAUAUGGGAUACAGAGCAGCCACGUCGUUGGCACUGUAAUAAUACAGGAUUUCACUAGAGUGCUUACUGUUCCAUUCUGUAUCAUUCUGUCU